AUGGCCCAUUUCUCUAUCGCAAGUCGUCCUCCUUCAACAUUAUCGUACCUCACAACUUUCAGCUCCCCUCCUAUGGAAGCGUCACCUCUUACUCGCCAGCCUCAGCCCGAGGUCUUUACCCCCAAGAUCAUCCAGCUCUACGAUUCUCUCUUCAAGGAUGACUACGACGAUGAAGAGAAUACGGAUGGCUUCUGGACAGAGUUCUUCCUCCUCAGACCCGAUCGCGCCGCCCUGAGACGUAUCCUGAACGAGUUGAGCCCCAGCCAUGUCUUGUCGCUCGACGUGCGGACGCAGGAGCUCUUUGCGAGGGGCAUAGCUGCGCUCAAGGGCUCGCAUAGCCUUGCGCAGUUGCACGCCCUGGACACGCUCAGUGUCUUUCUAUCAUGCCUCCUCUCCAAACGAUACCCGCAUCCGAGCUCCGAUAUCAUGGUUCUUCUUGCAGGACUCGAUCAUAUCGAUGUCGUGUUCACCGACUUUGUCAGCGCUGUGGAGGCUAUAAUAAGGAAUAGCAAAGAGUUGGAAGUUCGAUACAAGGCGGUUGAAGUGCUGUUGGCGGUAACAGCUGGAGCGUACCAAACAACACUGUUGACUUACCUAAUCCAAAGAGAUCUCUUCCCUGCAGUCAUGAAGGUACACAACACUCUACAAGACGAAGCGUUCCAGGUUAACAAUGCCAGUUCAUCCAAGACGCAGAAACCAAACUACAACAAAUUCGAGUUUCAGAAUCCUUACCAGCAAAGAUUAAACGACUUUGUCAACGAAGCCGUGAUUCAAAAGAUCGUAGGCGCAGUGGGAGAAGCGUGUCAGAUAGUCCGGUCUCGAUACAUCACGAUCCAGGACGAUCUUCCUGAAGGCUGGACCUUCAGCGCUACUCUCAACAUGAUUGGUCUCGGCGCGAUUGCUCCAGGGCCAAAACCUGUGAAGAAGCCUGUGUAUGAUGUUGAGACUGCUAAAGCUCUCUUCACCAAGCUACCUGAGGAAGAAGCUGCUGUUCUACUAGCUACUUACGACUUUACCCAUGCCAACAAGCUCUUCUGCUUCAACCUAGUGACGCAGGCAGCUGAACCAGGCGCUGAGCAGCCCAUCGCCAGCUAUGUCUCUCUCACCUCCUAUCUCCUCCAACACGCCUACCUCUCACCCCGCGCCACAUACUACGCCCAUCUCAACCUCAUGGUCUUCCGCCUCCUGAUCGAAGAUCCCACAAUAUGCAAGCGUAUCUGCAGCGAUGAAUCCCGUGUUGCAGUGCGUCUCUGUCGUCAACGACAGCCUUACCUUCCCCUCGUCAAAGGCGAGCGAGUCCUGGCCAUUUCACUUCUUGACACUAUGAUUGACGGUGUGAAUCAUAAUCUUCGUCGUCGUCUUGAUGUCAGUCUCUACACACUCUGCUUUGGCAUCAUGCUUCGUAUUGUCUCAUAUCUCUCUCGUACGCGCACACGGCUGGAGUAUCAUUGGCCUGAGUUCUUCCGAUCUUUGCUCUCCAUAGUUCGCUUCCUGGCUACAUACACAGCCGACCUGAAGGAUCUACCACAUAUCGACACCCUUCUCGAUCACGUUGUUAACCUCAUCGCCCUAUCCCUCUCCGCUGGUGAAGCCUUCCUCCCCUCGCCAGCAGACUACGAUGACCUGUUCUACAAGGUCGUCGAGUCCGGUGAGGUUCUCACCAAGUUCAAAGAGAACUACCGUCUGGGUAACCGUAACAGCAACUCCAUCGAUACACUCAUCAACGUUAGUGCGCAUUACAACCAGAUGCUUUCAGAAGGUGGUGCGAAUCGUCGUAAGCCUAGUCUUUUGACGACGCAGGAGGUCACGGAGGUUAUUCGCCAGGGUUACGAGACGUUGAGUAUUCAGGCGAAGGAGGGGCUGGAUUCGUGGGAGAGGUACCGUGAGGCAGAUGAGAGGACAUUGCUCAAGAAGGUAGCGAGAGCAGCGAACCCUGAUCCUGAUUCUUCAAACGACAUUGCGCAGAAGCUCGGCUAG